AUGUUACCAAAUAAGACGCGCCGCAGAAGCAAGUCGGGACGCCGGCGGGGAAGUAAGAAAGAUGACCCGUUUGGGGCCACAGCUCCAGAUGACGCGGAAGGAGUCUCGCCCACACUCCGAGAAAAGGACAUGGAGUCGGCAAUCACGAUGGAUCUCGGCGCCGGCGUUCCGUAUCAGGGUGCACCCAUCGGAAAGCAACAACCACCACCACCUACCCAGCCGGCGCCCGACCAGCCAGCGUCGAUUAUGGCACCCAAGAAAGAAAGGAAACGUCACCGCCGCCGUCGCAAGCAUUCUACAUUACAGGUCGACGAAGGUACCGAGACUACAGCGGCACCCAUCCCUCCUGAAGCGCUUAGUUCAGGCACAGCGGCGGGCACCUCGGGUACAACAGCCGUGCCUAAGAGGAAAGGCACGACUGCUAGUGGGAAGGUGCCGCCGCAAAUGGCCGUCGUGACGUCUGGACCACUUUUACAAGGUGCAGCCGCCGACGCGGGAUACUUAUUAGGCGGCACCCAACAGGCCGCGCCAGCACCACCUCCUCCUGUCAUGGUGGCACCAUUAGGGUCAUCGACGGCUGCUCCGACUGCCCCGUAUCCGCCAGAGCGUCUGCCAGGGAUGCCCGUCACAGCUGCGCAACAAGAACUGUAUUCGGGGCAAGUUGCUGACUUUGGCAAGGCGACCCCUUCUGGCUCUGAGCAACAGGCAACAACCACCCGCACAGCCACUGUGGCGGCGUUGGUUCCUCCACUGGUACCUCCGGCGCAAGAUAUUCCGCAGAAAAUUGAUGAAGCCUGCGCUGCGCUCAGCGAGUUAGCGAUGCAGCAGUGUGAACUCCCAAGUGCCGACCCUUCUACGUCUACUGCUGGUGGCACCCACCACACGGCGGCUCGGCCCAACGGUGCAAUAAGACAACGGUCACCAUCGCUGGCGCGCAUGGCUGCGAAGUAUCCACAAGUUUCUCAGCAAACGGGAGGCUCCAUUGGGGCUGGCGGCCAGCGACUGAGUGGUCAACCGUCCGCAAUGCGGCCGAUCUACAGCAUAGACGCUGCUUAUGCACAACAGCCAAAUCGAGCUCCCAACUACAGUCAAGCAUCCCAAAAUGCCAUGCCUACAAGCAUCGGCGACGCAAGUGCGACCCGGACCUACUUUCAGCCCCCGCAGACGCCUCAGCCAGCACGGAACGUCGGACCGCAAACCGCUAUAGCUGCUGUAACGAACACAUCCGCGGUUCCUUCUCAAAGGAACAUGAUGCCUGAGGCUAUGGAUACCAGCAGCACUCGUCAUGGUCGCAGUGCCUUCAGCUCAGCCGUUAAAUCUACACAGCAGGCUGGCGAACAUUUCCAUGCUGGGACUUCUGUCGAGACGGAGGCCGUCAGAACCGCACCCCCGCCUAGCCGGCCGAGCACUUCCAGAGAGGAGCGGCCAAUUCCCGCUAAAAAAGUAAUAGCUUGGACCAUGAAUAAGACGGCCGCAACGCGCGCCUGUCAUCCACGUUCAGUACCGACAUCAUCCAGGCCUUCUGAGCAGCCUGUUCCGUCUACUUCGAGCAGGAAUGUCUCAGAAACAACGAUCAGCUGUUGCCAUAAGUGUCACAGCUGUGCCAGUGAGAAUCGCAGUUACCCGGACGAUCUGUGCGGCGCGAGCUUGGAGCAGAUUCUUCGACACGACGACGACAUUCGCUGGGACGAGCAGCUCCGCGAGCGUAGCCGGCAACUGCGCGAAGAGAGAAUUCGCCAAGAGGAGAGGCUUGAGCAGCGGCAGCGCAUGCAGGACCAGGAACGACUGCUCCGCGAGGAGCGACAGUUCCUGGCCGACCUUGAGCGAAGACGUGAGGCCGACAAGGCUUUGCAGCGGGCACUCGAGAGGGAGAGUGAAGCGGAAGCCAGGGCCACGGCAGCCGUCUUGCAGAUUUUGGCCAGCACGCAGGAUCAAGAAAUAGCUCGCUCAUCCGCUGGUGCCAGCCAAGACAACCAGACGGCAGCAGAACAAGAGGACGCACUAUCAUCGAGCGAGGAUGAUGCUGUGAUCGGAAGCCAGGUGAUCACGCGUCUUGUAGUCUGA